AUGGCGCCGGACGAACUCAUCGACUCUCAUGUGUCCUUGGUACAGUGCACUCGCGCUGUAGAUGCCCUCAUAGCACAUGAAUCUAAGGCCGAAGAAGCUCGCAAUGAAAAUGAACUCUUGCCAGGCAAAGAGCAAAAUGUCUGGCUCGUUGUAACGGUUAAAAAAAUGGCGCCUUCGCACAAGAUAAAGCCAGUGAAAAUUCCAAUUAAACAUCCAAUAGUGGAUCCUAGGACGACACCUAUAUGUUUAAUUACGAAGGACCCGCAGCGGGAGUAUAAGGACUUGUUGGAAGAGAAGGGGAUCAAGUUCAUAUCAAGGGUGGUAGGAAUAUCAAAACUUAAAGGCAAAUUCAAGCCGUACGAGGCGCGCCGGAUGCUGCUCAAAGAAAACGGGAUGUUUCUCGCGGACGACAGGAUAAUACCUAUAUUGCCUAACUUACUAGGUUCCAAAUGGUUUCAGGCCAAAAAGCAACCUAUCCCCGUCUCACUUGCGCGUAAAGACCUGAAAGGCGAGCUGGAGCGAGCCAUCUCAUCCACUUACAUGCAUCAGAAUCAAGGGACCUGCACAUCAAUCAAAGUAGGCACCCUGUCCCAAAAGCCCACUCAGAUCCUCGCCAACAUCAAAACCGCAUUACCCGCCGUCAUCAGCGCUAUCAAAGAUGGCUGGGAUAAUAUUCAAAGCCUGCACAUCAAGACCAACUCGAGCGUCAGCCUCCCAAUAUGGUCGUGUAGUCUAGAUGAUGAGAGUGGCGGUCGGUGGGAUGGCCUGAUCGCUGAUGCUGAGGCACUGUCGGAGGGUGAGGUUGACGGGUCCGAGGAUGGUGGGUCUGAUGAAGAAGCGGCGGAGGAAGUGGAGGAUAAGGGAAAGAAGGGAAAGAAACGUGUGGCGGCCGAGGUUGUGGAUACCCCGAAGAAGAAGGCGAAAGGGUCGGAGGGUCAAAGCGUCUCCGCGAAGUCCCCUCCGAAAGCUAUCUCGAAAAGCAAGACGUCCAAGAAAGCCGACAAAAUUCCUACUAACCCUUCAGUCGUACCUGCUCCCAGUAGCAAAUCCUCAAAAGCAAACCAACCUGCAUCAUCACUGGCGAGCGCACUCACCCCCACGAAAUCACCAAAACCCGUCAAGGAUAAGGCAGCCAAACCCACUCCAACCUCCCUCACCUCUAGCGCCAAUUCCGCGAGACCCACGAAGUCGCAGCCCGAGAAACCGUCCAAACUAUCCAAGAAGGAGAAGACCGCUGCUCCCGCCCCGCCCCCGCCUUCCAUAAAACCCGAAGAGUUGAAGAAGAAACGACUUGCGGAGGCAAUUGUGAAGAAAAAAGCAAAGACCGUGGCGUUGAAAGCCUCAAAGAGUGUCAAGGCAGCGCUACUCGGUAGAAAGGUAGCAAAGUCAUAG